GAGUUUGGUAGAGAGAAGUUUGUUUAAAGAGGAAGCUUGCGAAAGUAUUCCGUGUGCAGUCCAUCAACUCAACAAGUGAGCAGUGACAGGGAUUAAAGCGGAGCUUCUGCUAACGAUUCACUAUGGAAAUCCCUCCCAUUAAUCUAAAGGCCAUAGUACUGGUGCACUGGCUGUUAACAGUAUGGGGCUGCCUGGUGCAGUGGAUGCCCAUCUCCUUCUCUUGGAGUAACUUCAGUAUUCUAGCAGUCGGGCUCUGGGCCAUUGCACAGAGGGACUCAAUCGAUGCCGUGCUCAUGUUUCUCAUCGGAAUGGUUGUUACAAUAUUGACCGACAUCAUCCACUUUGGGGUCUAUUACCCGAUUUUUGACACGGUGCCAGGAGUGCGAACAGACGUGUUUCGCUUCAGCACAGGAAUGGCCAUCCUCAACCUGCUGCUCAAGCCCGUGUCCUGCUUCUUUGUUUACCAAAUGUACCGCGAACGAGGAGGAGAGUACAAUGUCAACUUUGGCUUUUGGCCUUUCUCUGCAGGUUUCCCCUCUGUGUCAAGAAACAGAGAGGCCUACCAGUCCAUCGACCAACAGGACGAGUCGUCCAACCAAGCAAAUCCCUUCAACCAGGCCCAGGACGGCAAACCAGCGGUCCGUGCAUACUGAGAGAACUGUGCAAUGAACAAUACAGUGUUUUCCUCUGGCUGUCUUUAUGCAGCAGUGCGGUGCUUGGGGGCUUUUUUUUUUUCUUUAGAAAAUCGAUUCCACAACAGUCCAUUUGUUUUGUGUUUCUCUGCAGGUAGAAACAAAAUGAAUAUGUUUAUUAUGUUAAAAGAUGAACUCUGUAUCGGUUCUACAGUGACAUGUGGCAUAAUUAAACCCCUUUAUUCUCUCUCAAUGUUUUUUUCCUGAGGUCAUAUGUCACUGCUGACAUAAAUACAGAGGAACGACUGCUCUAUCACUCCCUUGCUGUGUUACUGUUUGAGAGUUGUUGAAUGUAAUAUUUGUGUUUACAAGACUUUCUUUGGUUGAAUUUUUUUUUUUACAAAUGUGACACUUUUGUAAAGCUAGAGAUUAAGAGCCACAUGUGUUCCAUAUUACAUUUUUAAGUUUUGUAAAUCUUAAAUCACUGGACACAUUUAAACACAAGAGUGCGCCAUGCCUGAGAAGCUGCCUUUGUACUUUUUCAUCGAAUGAUAUUUGAAUAGUUAAAGACAUGAUGACCAAAGUCUCAGGCCAAAUAAUUUAUCUGAAUGUUGAUCUAUGCAAAGUCUGUGUGACGGCUGCACUGUGUCUAUGAAACAUCUGAAAGAAAAUAUGUUUUAUUGAUCAGUAUGCCAUAUAUUAAAAAACAUGUUUUCAUUUCAAAUCAAGUGGAUUUUUCUCUUUUCCUCAGUUCUCUUUUGAAAGUGUAACAAGCUCAACGUUCCUAACAUACUGGACAUGAGGUCAGAAUUUAGUCUUUAACCUGUUAACAAAGUCCUCAGACUGUCGACAUUUUGAUUUGAAAGACACAGGGUGUUAUCAGGUUUCACUGAGUUGCAGUGUGUGAGUGUUAAUGCAAAUACUGAAGCUGCACUUUAAUUUUGGUCUAGAUUUUUCACCUUUUUUUAAAAGAACAAUCAUAUUUGGCAUAUUUUGUGAUGGUUUUGUGAGAUGAGUGUUUGUCAUUGUCAGGCUUCAUUACAAGGUUGGUACUGAUAUGAAAUGUCCUCAUAAUAAAGAAUGAUAUCACCAUUUGUGAAAUGAAGUGUUAUAAUGCAGGUAAUAUGCUAUUUAAAAUUUUAAUUCAUCCAUCAACCCUCUGUUGGCACUCCCACACAUAUAUGACACAGUCCAUUUUCAUUGAGUGCUAAAACAUGUCAAAAUUCACCUCAGCCAAUACAAUACACCUGAGAUCCAAAACGCCCUCUUUUAUAAAGUCUGUGCUUCAAGUACAAAAACCAGUUAUAAACCAGUGUAAAUAUCAACUGUAAACAUUGUAUUUUGAUGUGUGGGACAAAAAGUAGAGCUGUCACUGAUUUAAAAACAUGGAUUCUCAAAACAUCCACGAUCUCUGAAACUAAAUGAGACUUGAGAUCGUUAUUCUGCAGUAAGGGACCAAAUAAGUUUGGGAUGUAGAUGAGAGACGUUGAGGCAGAAGUUAGUUUCACAAAUUGACUAGUACGCUUUAUUCGGUGGGUCUGUAAUUGAAUUGAAUGACACAACAUUUGUAAUUCGAUGCUAAAUGUAAUGCAAUUAGUGCACUUCUUAUUCAUGCAAACAAAAUCCCAGCACAACCUGAAAAAAAAAAUCGAUGAUCAAUCAGUGAACAGCAGAUAAGCUGGAGAUGCAAUUAAUGCAUACAGUCAACAGUUUUAAGUGUUUUCCAUCUUGUUUUCUAAACAAGUAGUUGAAUGAAUACAUUUAUAGAUCGCAGAGUGCAUAACACAGCCCGCUCCCAACCAACAAAUGUUGAAUUAUGGGUCAAUUUGCAUUGAUAUUUUCAGGAUAUUUUGCUUAUUUGUCAUACGGUACAUCGGCCAAUAGGAAUAAUAAUAAUCGAGUAGGUUUCAGUCAGUGGUGCAUGUGUCAGUCACUCCCUGGUUUAGUUACCUUUUCUCUGUUACCUGCGUACCUGCCCAUCCACUCGUGUGCUUGCAAAGACUGAGACUUGUUGUUGUUUGUCCAAAUAUCCCAUAGUGUAAGGACUGGAAUUAUUACAAAAUAUUGUCAAAGGUGAAUUAUGUUGUGAGUUUGUUAGUGAGCCAAUGUUGCUUUGACACGUCCUCGGGCUCACACCUUUGAUUCCUGCGAGUCGGCCUCGUUUUCGCAUGCUGCCAUCGUUGUUCGAUGCAAUAACAGGAACUCAGUUUGCAGUGAACGAUUCUGUGGGCAUCAGGAGUGCAGACUGUCGAGAAGUGUCUCAUUUAAGAGCAUCAAUAGUCCUGAAAUCAAGUUGGCCGGGAGAUUUUUGUUGUUUGUCUCAGAGAAAAGAAACUUAAAACCUAACGUUGUUUGCCGUGUUUCACAAAACGAGAACACUUUUUGAACACUUUUACUCCUUUUACAUUCAGAACCUUUUAACUCAUAGGAUGUCAUGUACAUGACUUCCCAUAUCAUAACUAUGAGUUCCACAUGUCCACAGCAAUAGAUUUCUGAGAAAGCGCUUUUCCGCCUGACCUCAUAAAUAACUUACACACAUACAUACACACAUAAUGCUACAUGGCUGUUUUCAAGGUCUGUUGAGCAGAUGCACGCAAUCGCGAUCACACUUGUUUUGGUCUGACAUGCUGGUGCUCACCUUUGUGUUUGGCACCUUUAAAAAGAUAAGAUUUGAUACCACAAUGGUAUUCAAAUCUUAUGUCACAAAAAGUUCCUUGCUGUGAUUAUUUCUUAGUUUUUUCUGUUUGUAUCAGGGACGGAGCAAUUUACAAUUUAAUAUGCGUACCGAUUAUGAUUUUUAACUCAAGUAUUUAACUUUUUGUAUGUACAUUUUGUCAUGCACCAUCAGUUGUGUUAGUGUGUAGUUUUAGUUCAGUGUCACUUCCGGUUUUAUUUUGUGUUAGUUAGUUUUAGUUCAGUGUCCCUUCCUGUUUUAUUUUGGUAAGGGGUUUCUCUACUUCCUGUAAGCACCUUGUCUGCCUUGUUCUGUGUCUCGUCUGAUUUUCUGAUUGUUUUCAGCUGGUGCUCCUUACCCUCACUCCCUAUAUAUACUCCCUUCUCCCAGUUCCUUUUGCCACAGUGUCUUAUGUGUGUGUUGUCAGUGUAUGGCCCUUCAUGUUUCAAUGAAAGAGAGAGAUCUAAUGUUGUCUUAGUCAAGCUAGUUUGUGUUUCUCAGUUUAUUUUGUUUCUCAGAAUCUAGUUUAGCUUAGCGUUAAGCCUGUUUUUCAGAACUGUUCCAGCUCACCUUUUGUUUGCUAAUUUAAGGAGCAAAUAAAGCUCUUUAAAACCCUU